AUGGCCCCUCGCCGCUCCCCGCCCUCAGCAUUGUCGCUUUCCCUUUCCCCUGCUGCGCUGCUCGUUCUAGGCCUGGCUCUUCUCGGCCUUUCCUGGCCGUCCAUCGCGUCGUCCCGGCGCGUGCUGCUGCAGGCCGACGGCGCGGCGGCGUUCGGGAGCCGCGUGAUUUUCAACUCGAUGCAGAACGUGGGCGUGCAGGACGGCGGGGCCAUCUCGCUCAUGCUCGACCGAACGGGAGGUGCGUUUAAAGGGCAGUGCGGAGCGGGGUUUGAGUGCAGCGACGCAUACAGCUUUGGCACGUUCAGUGUGGAGGCCAAGAUGCCUGCCAGCUACUCUGCUGGCGUCUGCGCCACCUACUUCCUGCAGUCAGGGUCAUACGAGCAGCGCAACGAGUGGGACUUUGAGUUCCUGGGGUCGCCCAACACGUCCGUCGGCAUGACGCUGCAGACCAACGCCUUCAUGGGCGGCACGGGCGGCCAGGAGGAGCUGUAUGCCUUUGGCUUCGACCCCGCGGCUGACUUCCACACCUACUCCAUCCAGUGGGGUCCCGACCAGACCGUGUAA